UUUGAAGAAGAUAACAAAAAAAAAAAAAAAGAGUGUCUUUUUUUAUCUAUCAUAUGGUCCAUCAUCAUCCGCGUACUCUCGCAUCUGGGGUCUGCUUCUUCUUCUUCUCGUUCUCGUACAAACGAUGUUGGGUUUGAUUCAUGUACUUGAUGAGCUCGUCAAUGGUCUUAUGCCACUGCUUAUCCUUCAAUAGCCAAAACCCACUUCCUGAAUCUUAUCUUCGUUAUAAGUCCUGUGAACCGAUUUCGUUGUGGGGUAAUAAGAGAAGAAAGAGGUUUUGGAGGUUUGUUCCCAGUGCGGAGAAGAAUAAUAAUAACAGUCAUACGGGUAACAAUAAGAGGAGAAGAAGCUGGUGGCAGAGGUUCUUCUUUGACGAUGAAGGGAAUUGGCUUGGUUUGAGAGACGACGAAAUUGUUGAUGAAGCAUCUGAGGUUGCUAAGGAUGAUGAGAUGUCUGAUGAAGAGAAAUUUGAGACUUGGAAGAGACGAGCAGAGGCUAUUGUGGAGUUACGUGAAGGUCAGGAGGAGAUUGUUGGUAAUGAUGAUGUAGUUAAUGGUAGUAAUGUGAGCAAGAAGAAAUGGGAGGAUUGGAUUGUGGAUUCUGAUGAUACUUUAGUUGAGUCUUGGACCCGAGACUCUGCUGGUAGUGAGGGAAUUGAUGACAAUUUAGAGCUCGAUGAGUUGAGGAUUCCAGACGGAGGGUUGGUUAAGAUGGUGAGGGAUAUGGUUUUGGGAGCAGAAGAGGAAGAUAUUUUAUACGAAGACCGUGUCUUUCGUUAUGCAUCUUCUAAAUCGGCAAAGUUUUUGGCGGUAUUAAUCCUCAUUCCUUGGGCGUUAGACUUUUUGGCCCAUGAUUAUGUCCUUAUGCCCUUCUUAGACAGAUAUGUGAAGACUGUACCACUUGCUGCCCAGACACUUGAUGUGAGACGAAAUCAGAAGCUAGAGAUGGUAAAGGACCUUAAUAGAGAAAAAGCUAGGUACCGUCUUGAAGUUGAGAUUGGCAAAUCUCCGCCUCUUUCUGACGAUGAGUUAUGGUGGGAGAUGCGGGGUAAAGCUUUGGAGCUGCGAGAUGAGUGGAGAUUAGAGAACCGGAAAGCAUUUGCCAACAUAUGGUCUGAUAUGGUGUUUGGAAUCUCCUUGUUUGUUCUUUUGUACGCCAAUCAGGGUAGAGUAGCCUUGUUGAAAUUUACGGGAUAUAAAAUCAUAAACAACAUUUCAGACACGGGAAAGGCAUUUCUCAUCAUUCUUAUCACUGAUAUUUUCUUGGGGUACCAUUCUGAAUCUGGAUGGGAGACAUUGUUAGAGAUAAUAAUGGAACAUUAUGGUCUUGAAGUUGAGCAAUCUACUAUUACCAUCUUUAUCUGCCUAGUUCCCGUUAUUAUGGACGCUUGUGUUAAGCUCUGGUUGUUCAAGUUCCUUCCAAGACUGUCUCCAAGAGUUUCCAACAUUUUCCAGGAGAUGAAACGUCACUGAGUAGUAUCCACCAUUGAAACCCUCCACUUGAGCUCUCUGCUUUAUCACACAAACCAUUCUUCAGCUUUCAUUACUUUCAUAUAUACAUAUAAGAGAAACAUAGGCCAUUUUUUUGUCACUCAUCAUGACAUUGUUUUGUUGAAUUGUUGGUGAAAGAAUUGAGAAAGAGCAAAUGCUCUCUCGCCAGUACUUUGUCAUGUACACAAUAAACAAACCUACAAAAGACAAUGGAAGCCCGUUGGGCUUUUGGUCUAUGCUGAUUUGUGAAACAGGACUCUUCAA